AUGGCAGCGGCCCUGAUGGACCGCGCAGUGGACGUCGGCGCGCAAAUAGGAAUCACCCCGACGACGCUCAUCUCGCUAGUAUCACCACUUCUCUCCAUUCCCUGCUGCUUUCUCCUCCGCGGCGUCGCGUCGCCCACGUACCGCCACGUGUGCGCGGCGCUCACGGGCCUCUUCCUCGCGCUGUACGCGUUCGGGCCGACCAUCUGGGGGCACUACGCCGUGCUCGUCGCCUUCACGUACACCGCCAUGUCGUUGCACCGCCGGCGGUGCGGCAUGAUCACGCUCGUCGGCACGUUCGCGUACCUCCUCGCCUGUCACAUUAUUUAUGCGAGCGGCAAAGCCCGCAAGGACCAAGGGAUCGACUUUGCCGGGACACUCAUGAUGGUGACGUUGAAGCUGACGUCAUCGGCGUUCGACUACCAAGACGGCGAGUACCUCGUGAAUAAGGACCUCCCGACGCCGCAGCGCGGCACGCACCGCCAUCUCAAGGAGCUGCCGUCCGCGCUACAGUACAUGGGUUACAUCUUCUGCGGCGGGUUACAUCUCACGGGCCCGUUCUUCGAGCUCAGACCGUACCUGGACUGGGCCGAAAACCGAGGGGUGUGGUCGCACGACGCUCGCAAGGCACCCUUUGCGAUCCCGUUGCUCGUCGCACUCGCGUGGGCGACGGCGGCCGGAUUCAUUCACCUCGUCCUGAAACCGCAGCUCAACUUACCUCUGGUCACCGACCCGAAGCGCUUCUACGCGAUUCCGUACCUCCACCGCUGGGGCCACGUCAUCAAACGCGCUUCGGCGCAAGAACCGGUUAGAAGUAAGAGCAGCGAGAAUGCCGCCGUAGAUUCCACCGUGAUUACCGCGACGGCCCGGCAACAAGGAAAGUCAGCUUUGAGGAAGGCUGUGGCUUAUCAGGCUCCUCACGGCGUGUUGGGAGAUAGCGCGGUUGGGAAUGCGGCGAAGAGGCACGAGGCCGUGAAGCUUGCUGCGAAGAGCCCUCUGCGAAAGAAUGGCGUCGUAACCAGUGCUAACGACGAGAACGAAGCACCUGUAAUUGGCUCGAAAAAGGCUUUCGCGAGUGGUGAUCUUGCUGUCCCCGCUACAAACGGUUUCCUUACCGCGUGCGAGGAGACCAAGGAUGACAUUGCUCUGGCGAAGAAGAACGGGGUGGUAACGGAGCAGGCGAAGGUCGCAGAUGUCGCAGAGCCGCGGCUUGUGGCGUCGUGGGAGCGCGCGAAGAACAUCAACAUCGCGGGGGUGGAGCUGGCGAAGGCUUUUAACGCGUACGCCAAGAACUGGAACGUCUCCGUGGGCCUGUGGCUGAGGACAUACAUCUACGAGCGCACGAUCCCAGCGGGGCAGAAGCCGGGCGUGCUGUCGCUGCUGCUCACUGUCGGCGUCAGCGCCAUCUGGCAUGGAAUCUACAUUGGUGACUUCAUGUUCGCGUUCAGUGGCGCGUUCCUCAUCAUGGGCUCGCGAGUGAUCUACCGCUAUCAGCGCACCAUCCCGGAGUCACAAUGGCUCUGGGCGACAGUGGUGCAGGCGCUGCACUGCCUCUACUCGUUCGCCGGCCUUAACUACAUCGCCAUGGGCUUCAUUGUUCUGACAGCGGAGGACACGAUCACAGUGUACCGGGGACUCAACUUUGUUGGCAAUCUGCUGCCUGUGGUGGUGCUGGGCGGCAACUGGGCGCUGCGGAGAGUGCAUGUGCUGCUCACGCCGCCCGCUGUGAGCAGUGGUGCCGUGAGCAGCAAAAGAAUCGCAGCUGAAUUGGAGGCGAAGCAGCCGGAGCAGCAACAGGUGGUGCAGCCGGUGUUGGUGCAUACCAAGGUGGAAUGA